AUGCUCCAGUCUACCGUAUCGUCCAUCGCCUUCGAGGAUCAGCGCCCCACCUCCAAUGCAGCGGUUAGCAAUACUCUCACCUCCAUCUCCAUGCAUGAUGAACUGACCGAGGGGCAGUCAAUACAGAUGAGCCUGCGCGAGGAGCCGACCGAGGGGCAGUCCAUACAGAUGAGCCUGCGCGAGGAGCCGACCGAGGGGCAAUCGGUGCAGGUGAGCCUGCGCGAGGAGCCAGUGGAAGAGCCAAUGAUAAGCAUGAGCCUGCAAGAGGAACCGACCGAGGGGCAGUCCAUACAGAUGAGCCUGCAAGAGGAACCGACCGAGGGGCAGUCCAUACAGAUGAGCCUGCGCGAGGAGCCGACCGAGGGGCAAUCGGUGCAGGUGAGCCUGCGCGAGGAGCCAGUGGAAGAGCCAAUGAUAAGCAUGAGCCUGCAAGAGGAACCGACCGAGGGGCAGUCCAUACAGAUGAGCCUGCAAGAGGAACCGACCGAGGGGCAGUCCAUACAGAUGAGCCUGCAAGAGGAACCGACCGAGGGGCAGUCCAUACAGAUGAGCCUGCAAGAGCCGACCGAGGGGCAGUCCAUACAGAUGAGCCUGCAAGAUGAGCCGACCGAGGGGCAGUCCAUACAGAUGAGCCUGCAAGAUGAGCCGACCGAGGGGCAGUCCAUACAGAUGAGCCUGCAAGAUGAGCCGACCGAGGGGCAGUCCAUACAGAUGAGCCUGCAAGAUGAGCUGACCGAGGGGCAGUCAGUGCAGCUAAGCCUGCGCACCACAACCGUACAGUCGAACGAUGACAUUGUGCUGCAAAUGUCGCACGACAUUGGGUCUGCCUCGGAGCAGAGCCUGUCGUACCAACUUCAGGACAGUCGCAUGAACGAAGAUCAAUUAUCCCUGGAGGAGAUGAAGCCUCCCCGGCAGUUGUCACAGCGCGCCGUCAAGGCCGUACUGACGCCUCGCUCACAGGCCGCCGCGCCCGUGACGCCGAGAAGCCGCUCGGGAACCACCGUCUACCUCGCAUCGGGGCGGCAGCGAGUCAGCGGAGAGCAGGAGAUGUCUUCCAUCGGCAGCAACUUAUUAACUGUGGGCACGGAGUCGACGCGCGGGGAGACUAAUGAUGUGGUCGUUACAGAGCACACGCGGCACUUCCCUGGCAGCAAAUGGGAAGCUACUGUGGCAGCUCUGCUUGAGACGGUGAAGCGGGCGGUGGUUAACGAGACGGCGGCAGCGAUUGGGGUAAAGUUGAAGUACGUCCAGGUUAUGAAAGUCGAGGCGACGGCGGCGGGCAUGACGUGCGGCAUCACCAUCGGUCACCCCUCUAGCAUGGCAACGAGUGAGGUCGAUGAAAAGCUCAGCAGUUGCCCAUACGAAGGGACGAUGGCGCUUCUGGAGUACCUCAUAGACCACGGCAAGAAUCUGCAGUCCGGCCUCAGCGCUGACCUUGCCGCCUCGGAGGCAGCAGCAAGCGCGCAUGACCAGCCUAUAGGAGAACAGGAGGAAGUACCGGCCGCGACUCCAAAGAAGAAGGCGAAACAGGAUGCCAUGGCUCGCGCGCGCAGGAAGAUCUUCAGGCCGCUGCCUAAGCUGCUCGUCACACCGAGAACCUACCAAUUCCGCGCGCCGCGCCCAGGUGCGGAGCACAGCAUGGACAGGGAUAGCAUCCUCUAUGGGGAGGGUCCCAAGGAAGGUGCCGUGGGGUUCCGAAACGGCUCCUUGGUCCCCGAUGCGACGCCGCGGGGCGGCACAAACGGCAGUCGAAGCCCAUCCACAUGGAUUCACCGCAACGGUAUUACCAGGCAUUCAGUGCAUGUAUCACCGCAGCACGUUCAGCGCGGCGUCGUGCCUGCGGCUCUCCGUCCGCGCCCGAUUAUCCAGACGCCGUUGAGCGGCGCCAGCACACACCGCUCCAUCAACGGAGUCGAGCGCAUGGCUGACACGCACGAGGUUUCUCAUCGCUCUCGCUCCUCGCUGCAGCUGACGUCAACUCUGGGGGUGGACUCCAAGUCCGAUGCAGCGCCUGGGGAAUCGUUAGUGACGCCGAUGUCCAUGGUCCUCAGCGGCUCUACAGUUGAUCAGGACGACCACACUUCCGUGACUCUAUCUGUCAAGGGGGCGACGGACGUGGAGGAGGCGCCUCAGCCAGAGCACCAUGAGCAGCAAGAGGCAACGUUCGACUACGACGUUGCCUAUAGCGAGCUCACCUCAAUGAACAUGGUGGAGGACGAGGAUAGCAACCUCCUCGUCCUCACUUCUGAGGGUUCGGUCCUGUAG